AUGGAACGCAGAGGUAAUUAUUUUAACAGACACAGGCCUACCACUUCUUUAAAUAAUGUUUAAGUAAUGUUUAAGGCAGAUCUUAGGUUAGGCUUAUAUCUGUCUGGGCAGUGAUCUAAACCAAAACAUUGCUACUUUUAGUUUUAGGGUCAAUACUUGACUUUUCUCUUUUUUGUCCAUUACAAAACAGAGGUGCCAAGGUUGGUGAAGUACUACACCAUCACCACUGGCAAUACAAUGAGUUCUCAUACCCAGUUUAUGAGACAACUUGGAGGAGGCUUCACUGAAGUGAUGUCACUAGAAGAGAGUGAUGUCGUCAUGGCUUUCUGUCCCAUUGUCUCUCGUGCUGGUACUGAUAUUGAGGCAGCACUGCAGCAGAUUCCAGGUAGCCAACCCCAAAAGUAUCCUCCAAAACAAUAUUACUGUCUCUUCUAGCUAUUCUAUCUCUAUAUCAGAGUUGAUCUAGAACAUGUAUCAAGACGCUAAUGAUAUGAAUAAAUUAUUUGUUUGUCCCUUGUUUUUUGGACAGUUGGUAAACAUGUCAUUCUGGUAGUGCUGCAUCACACCUUCCACCCAGACUACACCGUACCUGAUAGCAGCAGACUAGUGACCAAAGGGGAUAUAAUGCUCACAGUGGACUGUCUGUUCCAUGAGAGUCAGGGAGGACUACUGGAGUGUCAUCACAAUGAAGAAGCCGUUAAAGAGAUUAGGAAGAAGCUUGACAUACAUCCUGAGGUGGAGCAUCAAUUUAUCAAUAUCUUCACUCUGUUGUUGGCAAAUCUGAGUGGGUGGGGUUUGCACUUGUGGGACUAUUUUAUUGGUUCCCUUAUGCCAGGCAAGCUAAAUCAAGAAAAAAACGAAUAUGAGUUGAUGAUGGACUGUAAGAACAUAUCUAAUGUGCUUCUUUUUUUCUUUUUUCUUUUAAAGACCAAAGACCCGAUGAACAUGGUAUGCCAAUAUUUUUUCUAUUAGACAUUUCUAACAUAUUAUGUUAUAUUGACCAAUUUUCAUAUUGCUUUUGUAUUGUCAUGAUCCCUACACAUUUUUUAUUCUGAAGAAAAUAUCCUGUCUAAUAUAUAUUUUUUCUUCUUUUUUACAGUGUAUUUGUGGUAUAGUUGUAACCUUGGUCAUCAUCAUUGGGACUUUU